AUGCUCCCAUGUGGACACACCUUCUGCCUCUCCUGCAUCCGCACGGUGUGGAACACCGACCUGUCCGCUGAAGGCCCCUUCUUCUGCCCCGAGUGCCAGAUCCUGCUUCCUUCAGACCUGACCCUGGAGGUGGAGCCCACUCUCCAGGCAAAGACAGCGUCCGUCGCCAUCAGAACCUGCCUCACCUGUGACGCCUCCCUGUGCCGGGCCCAUGCAACGCUCCACCAGCAGAGGGCAGUGCUGCGGCAGCACGUGCUGGUGGAGGUGACCAGAGACCCCCUCUCUCUGAAGUGCAGGGAGCACCAAGAGCAGCUCAAGCUGUUCUGUGUGGAGGAGCAGCUUCCUGUCUGCUCCCUCUGCUUGCUGGUGGGGCGGCACCAACACCACCAGGCCCUGCAGCUGCAGGACGCCAGCGCAGAGCUCAAGAAGAUGUUGGACACCACGAUGACCCAGCUGCUGCAGAGAAGGAUGUCAGCAGAGCAAGCCAUUAAGGACCUGGAGGCCUUGUACACAGAGACAAUGAAGUCUACUGCAGCCUUCAGGAGCAGAAUCUCUGACAAGUACAGCAGGAUUCGAGGUCUGAUUGAGGAAGACGAGAACCUGAUGGUGAAGAUGGUGGACUCAGAGGAGGUGUUCAUCUCAGAAUGGCUGGAGGCUCAGAGGCAGGUCUUGGAGGAACAGAUCAAGGAGUCCGACAGUCUGAGAAGCACCAGCAUGUCUCUGAUCCAAGAAACAAAUGACUUGAUCUUCCUGCAGCGGAUCACGGCACAUGGGCUUGGGAGAACUCUGGACCUGCCACCACUCAGGGAGGUGGAGAAGCAGAUCUGCAGCCCCGAGAAGCUGAGGACCAUCGAGCGCCUGGUGGAUGCCCUGACCUUGGCCUUGUCUCAGCACUUCCCAAGGAUGUGGUCAUAUCUUAGAGCGCUCACCCUGGACCCCAGCACUGCCCACCCCCAGCUGCUGGUGUCCCAGGACAGGCAGCAGGUCCGCUGGGGAACCCAACCCAGCGCUGGGGCCCCGGGCUGUGGACGCCAGGACGCCCAGUACAGCAUCCUGGCCCGGGAGUCCUUCUCUACUGGCCGGCACUACUGGGAAGUGCUGGUCCAGGAGAAGCCCUUCUGGCUGAUCGGUACAACCACCGGGGCGACUGGUUCCCAAGAGGGAGGCCCCACCAAGGGGCUCGCAGACCAGAAGAAGGCGUCCUGGUGCAUCUACCAUGGAGAUGGGCAGUACCUGGCGUGCCACAAUGCCCAGGAGACCCUGCUGUCUGUAGGGAGUAGGGUUGUCAAGCUGGGCAUGAUGGCUGACCUCCAGCAGGGGGCGCUGUCGUUCUAUGAUGCCGACACGCUGACAUUGCUGCAUCGGUUCUGCGUGCCCUGCCUGGAGCCCCUCUACCCCAUGUUCAACCCUUGUAUCAACAUGAACGAUCACAACAGACAGCCCCUCACGCUGUUUCGUCUCAGAGAUGCUGAUAGGUCGAGGAGCGUAGGGGGAGGAGCGGCAGGAACAUCGCAGUCACCAUCUUAGG